UCCAUCCGUCUCCCUCGCUGCACUGUGCUGGAAUCCCCUCCUCCUCUUCAUCUUCUUCUUGUCUUUUAUGAGGAGUUUCACUCUUGCUCGGAGUCUUUCGACCUUCAUCCCAAUGACGGUGCGGAAAGGAAAAACUUUAGCCGUCACCAUCCAGGAGCACAUGGCCAUCGACGUCUGCCCGGGACCGAUCCGGCCCAUCCGGCAAAUCUCCGCCUACUUCCCCCGUCUCUCGCCAACUUCGUCCUUCUCGGAGCCGCUCUCGCCCAAUCAGACGGGAGCAGCCGGGGUCACCGCCAGUGGAGCCGGGGCGCUCAGCCCGGGCCGCGCGGGAGACGUGAGCGGCGGCGGGCUGUUGUCGCCUUUGUUGGCGGCGGGAGGCGGCGGUGGCUUGCUGUCCGCCAUGAGCAGCGUCGACACCUCCAUCGAGGUGGACAGCUGCGACAGCGACGAUAACACAUCUUUGGGCACGUUGGAGUUUGACCUGCUGUAUGAUCGAGCCACCAGCUCCUUGCACUGCACUGUCCUGAAAGCAAAGGGUCUGAAACCGAUGGAUUUCAACGGGCUGGCCGAUCCCUACGUCAAGCUGCACCUUUUGCCGGGAGCCUGCAAGGCCAACAAACUGAAAACCAAGACUGUCCGUAACACUUUGAACCCGGUGUGGAACGAGACGCUGACGUACUGCGGCAUCACCGAGGAGGACAUGUCUCGCAAAACGCUGCGGGUGUCCGUCUGCGACGAAGACAAGCUGACUCACAACGAGUUCAUCGGGGAGUCGCGGGUGGCUCUGCGCCGCGUGAAGCCCGACCAGACCAAACACUUCAACAUCUGUCUGGAGCACCCGCCUCCUCUGCCCUCGCCCACGGCCAUGAGCACAGCACUCAGAGGCAUCUCCUGCUACCUGAGAGAGUGGGAGACGGAGCAGCAGAGAAGUCUGGAGGAGCGAGGCCGUUUGCUGCUGUGCCUGCAGUACGUCCCCCCUGCCGACGACGGCGAGGGGGCCGGCGAGAGGGCCCGCGGUGGGCUGUGCGUGGGCGUCAAGCGCUGCGCGCACCUGGCCGCCAUGGACGUCAACGGCUUCUCCGACCCCUACGUUAAAACGUACCUCAAGCCAGACGUUCAGAAGAAGUCCAAGCACAAAACAGCGGUGAUAAAAAAGACUCUCAACCCGGAGUUUAAUGAGGAGUUCUUCUACGAAAUCUCCUUCUCGGAACUCGCCGCCAAGACGUUAGAGGUCACCGUGUGGGACUACGACCUUGGCAAGUCAAAUGACUUCAUUGGUGGCGUGUCCUUAGGCUGCCACUCGCAGGGGGACACCCUGCAGCACUGGAUAGACUGUCUGAAGAACAAGGGCAAGAAGGUGGAGCGCUGGCACACGCUGACCAACGAGCUGCCCGGCGCCACUUCGCAGGAAUGAGGUCCGCCGCGUCGCUCAGGACUCUGCAAGCCAACACAACACAUGGCAACGGAAAGCAAAGAAUGAAAGGAGACUUUUCUGCAUGAGUGUCCACAAAGGACUUCAUGAAAAGUAAAAGGCAUAAGUCAUUUUCCACGCCACACCUGAUUAUCUGAAAAGUCACAGCGCUUGGGAAUGACUAUGAGAACAUUGUGCCAAAUGGAAGCUUUGUGCCUCCUAUUAAGUGGGACCAUUUAUGUUGAUCAAAUAAUAGCGCAUGAACAUCUCGCUCGCAGUGCCAGAACGCUUCCGAGGAGCUUUAAGUCGACAUUUUGCAAUUAUUGGACUGUGUUUUGAUGGGCUGGUGGCGGCACGCGCUGCUGAAGGCCUAAUAAGAUGGAAAAGGAGAAUCGGUUCUUCCACCUUAACUUCUUGUCAAUUGUUUGCAUGUUCCGUGUCAUCAACCCAAAAAAAAAAAAACACUGCUGCAGGAUGACAUGCUUGUCGUUGCCAGUUGCACUCUUUUGAUCGCAAGAUUGUGUUCAUCCUAUUUUUUUUGUAAUGUGCUUCAAGUUGUAAAAUGUGUCAAUGCAAAUAUUCCAAAGUUAUGAACUUGGCCAUAGCUUUGUCUAAAGGAAACGAUUUCUGUAAUUCACAUUUAACAUUCAACAAAGCACACAACAUUGUCCAAAGCAGCUGCUCUUAUUUGUGGACGGCGCAAAAGGCAAGCUGUACCGUUUGUGAGGCAUGCAAAAAAAAAUAAUAAUACAAAAAUUGUAAGUAUAUAUCAUAUAUAUUACUUUUUGGGGUUGUUUGUCUUCUGGGAGUUGAAGUGAGCAUGGUUUAUUUAUUUCAUAAAUGGUUCUUAUGGA